AUGGCUAGGGAGGCGGCGGAGCCGCCUCCGAAGGAGACCCUGUCGCUCUGGAUAAGGGAGCAAGCCCAGCUGAAGGCCCUCGUGGUGGACCGGGACACGGAGGCGUGGCAGCGGGACCCCGGCUUCUCGGGGCUGCAGAGGGUCGGGGGCGUGGACGUGUCCUUUGUGAAGGGAGACAGUGUCAGCGCCUGUGCCUCGCUGGUGGUGCUCAGCUACCCUGAGCUCGAGGCCGCCAGCUGGGUUCUCUGUGGCCUGUACCUCUCCUUCUCCUCCAGGAACCCCACCAGCUACCGGGCUGCUCAUCGGUCUCAGUCCCCAGAGGGAACCGGGUGUCAUGCUGUCGCCGUCAUCACGGAGACCCUGCCCCAUGGGGGUCACUGGCAGCUGGGAGAAGGUAAUCAGGAUGGAAAUGGGCUUCUCCACCACCGGGCUUUUGGGGUGGCCUGUCACCUCGGCGCGCCCCACGAUCUGCCCUGCAUUGGGGUGGCCAAGAAACUCCUGCAGGUCGAUGGCCUGGAGAACAACACCCAGCACAAGGAGAAGAUAGGACUCCUGCGGGCUGGAGGAGACUCGUUUCCUCUGACCGGGGGCUCUGGGACCGUGCUGGGCAUGGCCCUGAGGAGCCACGACCACAGCACCAAGCCGCUCUAUGUCUCUGUGGGCCACAAGAUCAGCCUGGAGGCAGCCGUGCGCCUGACCCGAGGCUGCUGCAGGUUUCGGAUCCCGGAGCCCGUGCGCCAGCCUGGCGUCCGGGGUGCACCGGGUCCGGCCCCCGAGACAGGCCCUCGCUUCCUGGGGCAGCUCACUGCCUUCUCCCGCUUUGGGGGCCACAACGCUUCCUCCAGGACGCCCUCUUGA